CGACCACCCUCGGGUCAACGACAAGCUCGAGCUCUUUCGCUCCUUCGGCAUGGAUCGAUGGAGUAGACCGAGCCGUGUGGAUGGCUGGUAGUGGCAUACUGGAGGAUUCCAUCCGAUCGAAGGAGGACUUGGACCAGGCUCUGCAGACCUUGGCCUCCAUGUCCGAGGAUCGAGAGCAAUGCCGCGCAGCUGGAGAGUUGGUCGAAAUGGCGACCUUUCGAAGUGUGGUGAGCCAACAGCGGCUGUUGGAACUGGGCGGACUCCAGAUCCUGUUGGCUGGCAUGAAGAAACAUCUCCAAGACAAAGAGCUGCAGAUCCUCUUCUGCCGAAUCCUUCAACAUCUCAGUGCCCAGGCAGCCCAUGAGCUCUACGAGCAAGAUGCUUGGUCAGUGUUGAAGGCGUUGCUGGAGGCGCAUGGUGCCGAGGCCACGGUGCACCAGGCGGUGUGGCAGAUCUUCGAACUCAUUGCCUUGAUGGACGAGGAAGCAAGGCAGUUCGUCAUUCAGGAUGGUGCCGGCCAACUCGCCGUCACUUCCUUAAAGACCUUCCGGGGUCCCGGGGACGCGGGCGUGCAGCAGGCAUGCUUGGCUGCCUUGCAAGCGUUACUGGAGUCCCCGAGCGCCGAGCUUUGCCAAGCGGUGGCCAAGAAUGGUGGCAUUGCCGCGAUCAUCGGGGCGCUCGCCGAUCAUCGAGAUAAUGCUCAGAUGCAGUACUGGGGGCAAAUUGUUCUCGCCGGUUUAUGCUGUGACAAUCCUGAACUGCGGGCAGAAGCGCAGAGGAAAUGUCACUGGCAGAAGAUUGAGAUUGACUUUGACCUUUGAGAAGAGGUUCGACCUUGGCUGGAUGCUGCGAUGGUUUCGCAAUGUGUUUUUGCAUACAGAGCUUUGAACCUGAGACAAGAAGGACAC